AGGGCCCUCGGGCGCCAGCCCUCCGCGAGCCGGCCCGCUGGAGGAGGGGUUUUGGAGUGAGAGUCGGCCCUCUGCGGAAGGACCCGGAUUCGGGGCUCUCAGCGAAGCCUCCGCUCCAGGGAGCCGGUCUCGACCCUAGAGUCUGUCCCGGCCCACUAUCGUCCGGUCUGCUGCUCCUUCUCUGCCCUGGGACCCGGCCUCCGGCCUCUUGACCACGCAGCACCGUGGUCCAAAUGUCUGCAAAGCUGAGCAAGUCAUCACUCCUUCCACAAACUGCAGAGGAGUCUGACAGCAUUCUGAUAGUGAAGAUGGAAGAGGAAGAGCAGGCCUGUGAUCUGGACUCCAGCCUCCCCUGGAGCCGCUCCUGCAGCCCAGAGACCUUCCGCCAGCGUUUCAGGCAGUUUGGCUGCUCUGAUUCCGCGGGGCCCCGGGAGGCGCUGAGCCGGCUCCGGGAGCUUUGCCAUCAGUGGCUGAGGCCGGCGGUGAACUCCAAGGAGCAGAUCCUGGAGCUGCUGGUGCUGGAGCAGUUUCUGAGCAUCCUGCCUGAGGAGCUGCAGAUUUGGGUUCAGCAACAUAGUCCAAAAAGCGGCGAGGAAGCUGUGACCCUGUUGGAAGAGCUGGAGAAAGAAUUUGAUGAGCCAACUGAGCAGGUCUUUUUUGGACAAAGUGAGGACAUGCCUGCAGAGAAGCUGAUAGCCGGGGAAAUCACUCAGGAGCCCCCACGUAGCCGGAUCAAGCCCGGAAAGCAGCCGCUGCCAUGGGCAUCCCCAGAGUUCCGCUCAAGACAAAAAGCUAAAGACCCGAAAACUACAAAUGUGAAUUCAGCUUUGACGCAAAAGACUUCUCCAGGCAUGGAGCUGCAUUACACCGUUUCUAACACCCUUCCUGUGGAUGCUCCCCAGAGUUGCACGUACAGAAGAGGCAGUGAACAAGAUGGCAAGUUUGAAAGAAGACAGAGAAACCCUUUUGGAAAAAAACAACACAAGUGUGAUGAAUGUGGCAAAGUGUUCAGUCAGAGCUCAGCCCUUAUCCUCCAUCAGAGAAUCCACAGUGGGGAGAAACCUUACGCAUGUGGCGUGUGCGCAAAGGCUUUCAGCCGGAGUGCCGUCCUGAUUCAGCAUCGAAGAACGCACACUGGGGAAAAACCCUACAAGUGUCAUGAAUGUGGCAAAGCCUUUAGUCAGAGCUCAAAUCUUCUCAGACAUAGGAAAAGACACACGAAAGAAAAAGUCCCAUCAGUGUUGUAAGGGAAUCAAAGUGUUUGUUCAGAGCUUUUUCAGCAGGAGAAGACACAAAGCACAAACACUCCUUUAGUAUUUCAGUGGGCACUAGUUUGCUUUCAAAAGUCAUAAAAGCUACAGGAGAGAAUGUAAAAUAUCUUCUGUCAACGUUGUUUGCUCUUCUGCUUAUCAAUACAGUGUCAAUUCAGAUGUUUGAGAUUUUUGUGAAAGCUUAAUUCAGAUUUCCAUCCCUAGGGCAGCUCUUGAACAGACAUUCUCAAACAUGUUCUAUUUCCAUUACUAACACAAAUAAUGAACUAGAACAUUUCUUUUUAGACAAAUUUUCCCUGUUGAGAAGGAAUGUGUGAGUUACUCAGGAUUAAAAUAAGUAUUUUCCCCCAUUCCAUAACUUGAGCAUUGGAGUUCCCAGACCAAAGAUUAGAGCAUUUAAAAAAUUUGUACCAUUUGUUUUUUGUUACCAGACUCAAAAUAUGAGAAUAGGAUUGAGGAGGCCCAAAAGAAUGUGUACCUUCAGACCAAGGCUGAAAUGUCCAGAGUCAUUGUUAGGGGGUAGAUGAGUAAAGGCAUUUAAUCUCUUACGAAAAUUCACAAAAGCCUACACUAUUGAUGAUACUAAGUAGUCUUUUUUUUUUUAAAGACUUAUUUUGAGAGAGAGAGAGUAUGUGAGUGGGGAGAGGGGCAGAGGCAGAGAGAUUCUCAAGCUGACUCCCCUGCUGAGCGAGGAGCCCACAACCCUGAGAUCAUGACCUGAGCCAAAAUCAAGAGUCAGAUGCCUAACCAAAUGAGCCACCCAGGCGCCCGCUAAGUAGUUUUCUAUGUAGGAAAAAAAAAACCUUUACAAUGUAAUCUGGAAAUACUUCAGUGAAAACAGCAAGAUGGCUCUACACGUCUUAGGUAAGGGCAUAAACAUAAGGAAUGUUAUAAUAAACAGGGCUAUCUAUGGGUGCUUGUAUAAAGUUCAUGAUCAUGUUAAAAUGAAAAGAGGGGCGCCUGGGUGGCUCAGUCAUUAAGCAUCUGCCUUCAGCUCAGGUCAUGAUCCCAGGGUCCUGGGAUCGAGUCCCUCAUCGGACUCCUUGCAAAGCAGGGAGUCUGGUUCUCCCUCUCCCACUCCCCCUGCUUGUGUUACCUCUCUCGCUGUGUCUCUCUGUCAAAUAAAUAAAAUCUUAAAAAAAAAAAAUGAAAAAAGGGAGGUGAAGAAAGACUGUCCAAAUAAGACUGAUAGAACACGAAUAUGAGCAAGCGUGGUCUAUAAUGGAGAAGUGUGCCACAGCUCACAUGGAGAAGGAAACCCUUAACCAGCUGACAGCUCUCCUUCAGUGUUCUUCAAGGCCCCUUUUCUGGCAUAAAUCAGCUGUGAGCAUAUUUCAGGCAUCUCAAGACAACCAUUUUCAGGGUCUUAUGCAUUCUCAGUAAGGUUUGUUUCUAGACAAGCUGUCAAGACACCAGCCCCUGUGUUUUGACACUCUUGUCCAAAUUUCUAAAGUUUAGUUUGAAGAGUCCACUGAGUUUUGCCCAUAUUUAAGUUAGUCAGAUUUCCUGUUUAAAAUGACUGACUUCUAUGUUAUUGCAAUUAUUCUGACAGUAUACAACAUGAUGUUCCCUUUUCUAGGUAUUCUUGAUAAAACUGUGUUACAAGAAUACAUGCAUUAAAAUGUGUUCUGUGGUGCCACAGUUACCCAAUAUGAAAGCAAACAUUAGAAAUGAAAGUCCUUGGGAGAAGGGAAGAGGGGGCUUAUAGUGAACUUUGGGAUCCUUGUGAAGUAUAAACAUUGUAUUAUCAGAAAACCUAACCACAUCUAGUGCUUAGAGUAACUGCAGAAACAAUUAUGGGAUUACUGUGCUCUACUUAGAAUAUUGAUAAUGUAAGAAUGGUAAGGGGAGAAGUGAAUGUAAAUUGUAAUUACAGAGUUUUCUGAUAGCGAUUAUACUUUGUAGCUCUAGUGAAUAUUAAUAUAUAGAGGGUUUUGUAUAUUUUCAGUUAUUAAAAGUAUAGGUAUCUUUGGGUUCAUUCUCUUUGUAAUUAAAGGAACAAGCCAUCUAUGAAAGCAGCAAAUGCCUCAGAUAUGUGUAUUGUGAAUUAUUGCUUAAUUAUGGAAAGACAGAGUUUCUUGUUACUAUGAAUAAAAUGACAGAAUCUCAAAUCAGGCAUUCUGAGGGAAGUUGUCUUCACUUCGUGCUGCCAUAAACCUUAAGAGAUUGCAUUCUUUGCAUUGUGAAUAAUCUGAAUUUCUCCCGCAGAAGGUGGUGUGAGUCAUAUCAUCUAAGUACAUGACAAAAUCUUUAAAGGGUAUUGCUGUGUCCUGGGAGUUAAUCAUGAACUUAC